AGACCAUGUGAGGAAUUUCAUCCACACACCAAAGCAACGUGGCUGACCUGCCAUGCUGACAUCACUCUGUCUCCUCUCCUGCACCCUGCUCCUCCUCUGCCUCUGCAGCCCAGGAGCCGGACAGUCUGACAGGGACACGGACCUCAGCCUGUACGUGGAGGCACUGAAGAUGGGCAUCCUGGACUCACUGGGCAUGGACGCUGAACCUGAGCCAACCGAAAAGGUCUCCAGUCGAGAGCUGAGGAAGAUGUAUCACCUGUACUGGGCAAAACUAAGAGAGCUGGGAGGAAACCACAGCUGGCCCAGGACAGAACCCUGGAGCCCCACAAAGUCUACUGUACUCUUUCCAGCAUCAGUGCGUUGGAGGGGGGAACGCCUGCAGUCAGGCGAGCAUGUGCUACGCUACAGAGCUGUUUUCCACAACAACCCUCACAUUCGGGCUGAGCUGACACUUGCACGGGCUGAGCUGAAGAUUUCCACGCAGAUCUUAAAUAAAGCCACAUCAUUCGUGCAUGAGACCAAACAAGAGGUCCGAGUUAAAAUCAACGGCGUGAAGCCAGUGAACUCUGCUGCAUGGACACACUCUGAUGCUGUGGCCCGUGGAAAUGCGACAAACGCUGAGGAACUGAGGCUGGACAUCCAUCCUGAAGUGGAGAAGUGGAGGGGGAGGAACAGUGGUGGCUCACUGGUUGUGGAUGUGGGGUUCAUUAUGGGGGAAGGAGAUGCUAUCAAAUCAAAUCCAAGCAUUUUUUUGGAAUUAGGCCUUGCUGAGCCCAAAGCAGCAGACAGGAUGAGGCUGCCUCGCUCCAACAAGGAAGAAAGCUGCGACGAACAAGGACACUGCUGCCGCAAGUCCAUCUCUGUGUCAUUCAAAGACAUCGGUUGGUCUGACUGGGUGCUGGCUCCAGCCGAAUACACAAUGCAUUACUGCGACGGCACCUGCCCUCACAGCUAUAAACCUGCCAGCAUGCAUGCACAGGUGAAAGCUCGGCUGCACCAGCUCACGAAAGGAGGGACGCCUCAGCCGUGCUGCGUGCCGGCGUCCUACGAGCCCAUGGUCCUCAUGCAUUAUGACAGUAAGGGACAGCUGAAGCUGACGCCCUUUAAUGACUUGAUUGUUACUAAAUGUCACUGCGCGUGAGGUGCUCUGAGGAAAGUGCAGUCAAGGCUGCAGAAAUGCAUUUAAAAAAAAGCUCUGGGA